UUGCCUCACAGAGAGGCCCAGUCGGACUUGGUUUCGGGUUUUUCACACCCACGCUCCCACCUGUUAGAGCAGUUAUGUCAACGUGGCAGUCCACGUACGUUACCUCGGCGAAGCUGGGCCUGCGAGGACCAGUGGAACUCUUACUUAGCUGGCUUGGCUUGGGUCGAGUCGAGUAGCAGCUAGUAGCUGCUGCGCACUGUCUGUGUGGGCAGGGCGAAGACAUGUCCUCACUGCUCGUCAAACCGUCUUCCUAACCGCGCUCACGGGAACUAUGUCCGGAGAUCUGCUAACACUGAGGCCUGUGUGGGCAAAGAUAUGCCCUCCUCGUCUAUGCCUUCAUAUAUGUCCUCACUGCUAGCACGCGUCUACGUCCCAGUACCCAGCGUCGGCCUGAACCGAACUUGCUGCACAUAGUCCCUUUAUUCUCUCGAGGAAGGGAGUCAUUCUUCUCUCGAUCAGCGUCGACUAAGCUUUGAUUUGCAGUCGCAUUCGUCAUCCCUCCUUCGCAUUCUCCUCUCGUUUCUAAAUAUACCCCCUCCGCGACUUCUGAGAAAAGCUUAUUGCUGCGGAACACGCCGUAUGCUCCGUCGACCUUUAUUCAGAAGUCCGAGUCUUUUUGAGGCGUAACACGCCGUAUUGUUGAGAUAUUGCACAUUUUCGACGUCGGAACCGCGCCCAACGAUUUUUAGGCGCCGCAAAUAUGGCACCCAAUUUCGAGAACAACAUCGCCCACGACGCUGGCGACGGCGGAUUCAUGCUCGUCAUUCCAGAACGUCGCAGCCUAAUAGUAGCGCGCGACGACCUUCUCGACGACGAUUGCAACGUCGCAACUAGUCCAACCAGUAACACAAGUAGUAGUUUACGAGGCGGCACGCACCAGCGCCAUCGGCGGCAGCCGUCGGCGGGUUUCACGCCGAAGUACGAAAUCGGGGAGCUUCUGGGGCAAGGCGCGUUCGGCGUGGUCGAGAUCUGUCACCAGCGGGUGGUCUCCGAGUCCCACUCAAAUCGUAUCGAAUCUAAUUCGAUCAUGUCACGGUCUGAGUCGGACCCUGGCUGUACCAGUAACCGGGCUGCUGCUAGUAACGAGUAUGAAGGAGAGCAGCAGCAAGUGAUGUGGCCGGUGGAUUCGCCGCAAGAGCAGCAGCAGCAGCAGACGGCACAAGAGACGGCGGAAGAUACGGCGCAAGAGACGGCGCAAGGGACGGCGCAAGAGCCGGAAGUGGCAGCAGCAGCGGCGCAACGGGCGGCGCAAGAGGCGGCAAUCGAUACUAUCCUGCGGCCACGUCAGAAAGGGAGGGAUGUGACUCAGCGCUGGCCCGCCGUGCCCUCCAUCCGACGCAGUUCCAGCCUGGAAGGGCCUCAGCCAACCGCCGAGCGCCACGUGGAGUCCUUUGCGUGCAAGACGGUGCACAAGACGAGAAGCUUCAGUGACGAAGGGAUCCGUUACGAAGAGGCAAACGGGGUGCGUUAUAUCGAGGACGACACUGCACAGGCGCACAUUCGGCGACUUCGAAUGACGGCUCUUUCCAACGAGAUUCGCGCGUUGAAACACGUGGGGUCGCACAGGCACAUCGUCGCUAUGAAGGGCGUGUACGACAACGCCCAUCGCACGCGACUCCUCCUGGAGCUCUGCGACGCUGGCGACCUUCUAACGCUCCUGCGAAACUAUCAGCAGCGGCGUGCGACGAACAGCCCUGCGAAGCCGCGACUCUGGAGCCCCAUAAACCGCGCGGCAGCAGCUGUAGCGGCAGUAGCAGCAGCAGUACCGGCUGCUGUCGUCAGCAGCGGCUCCCCUAACCGUCAGGGUUUGCCAGAAAAGCUUACGGCUGACAUUUUCCGUCAGCUGGUGGUGGGAGUCCGUCACUGCCAUCGCAGGCAUGUGAUCCACAGAGAUAUAAAGCUCGAGAACGUGCUGCUGUGCCACAACACGCCGCAGGAGCAGCAGAGACAGAGAGGGGACCUUCAGCGUGGCAACAGCUUAAGGAUUGAUGAUGCAAGGCGAGCAGCACUGAACCCAGACAGGAGCAGCAGCAGCAGCAGCAGCCUGAAAGGACGGCAAAACCAACAGGCUCAGUGGCAACAUCAGCAAAUGCGGCCCAUACCAGACCACAAAGGUAAAAGCCAGCCCCUGCAGCAUCCGCAGCAGCAGCACCGCCAGAAGCAACAGCAGCACCACGGGAGGCAAGGGUCUCAGGAUUUAAGGCAAGAAGGGCCGUACACUGUGAAGCUAGCAGAUUUCGGCUUGGCGUUGAUCCUACCUGCAAAUGGAUUCGCAACGGGAAAUGUAGGAACACGGCUCUACAAGGCACCUGAGGUGGCCAAAGGCCGGUGGUACACCACCAAAGCAGACAUGUGGAGCCUUGGGGUUGUCCUGUAUGUGCUCCUGUCAGGACAAUACCCCCGAACAGACAUUGAAACCGGGGCCAUUUUGGAUUUUGCACCCGAGGUUCUGUUCAGUGACCAAAUUUGGAACCAUGUUUCGCCAUCCGCUGUGUCAUUGGUGGCAGCCAUGAUGUCACGGGACCCUUCGAAGCGGCCUUCAUGCAAGGAGAUACUGCAGCAUCCUUGGCUGUCUCCAGAGCCUCCCCUUACCAUAGAGAAUGCCUUUAGAAGGCUAAUAAGAGGUGGCUCUUUGAACGACCGGAAGGAAAUGCAGUAGAGAGAGUCUUGUGCCUUGUUUUCUUGACCUUCCCAAAGGCCUUCGCUGUACAUACUCAUGUCCUGAACAG